UAAGAUUUAUGAAGCCUCGUUGAUUUUUCUCGCAUGAACAUUGACCAGUACGUUUAAUUCCAGCAAAUAUAAAUUUCACAAUGAAAUUCUUCGCCGUCUUCGCUGUCGUCCUGGCCCUCGCGGCCGCCGCGCCCACCACCCAGUGGACCCUCAACGAGCUGUCUGAGGCCAUCCAGAACCCGGCCACCCCCGCCGAGUAUCUGCCCUACCUCGAGCACGCCCUUAACAACAUGAUGGAAAUGCUCUUUGUUGGCCAACCUGUUGAUUCCAUUGUCGUGCCCAGCCCCGUCGGCCUCCUGCCCGUCAAGAUCGGUUCCCCCGCUGUCGUGAUGCCCGUCGAGGUCGUCGACACCCCCAUCGCCCCCGUCGCCCCCGGCGUCGUCGCUGAGCCCAUCGUCCCCGCCGCCGUCAACGACGCUUCUGGCAACCCCCUUGUUCAGAUCAUAGUCAACAUCAACCAGGAGUCCCCCGCCGCCGUUGAGGUGCCCUCACCCGUGGUCGUCCCUGAGGCUCCCGUUGAGAUCCAGCCCAACCCCGUGAUCGUUGUCGAUGAGGCGCCCAUCGUGCCCGCUCCUUCUCCUAUUGAGAUCGUGCCCGCUCCCAUCGAGGUCGUGCCCGCUCCCUCUCCCAUUGAGAUCGCUCCCGCUCCUGAGAACCCCAUUGACGUGAUUGCCGUCGAGAUCCCCAUCCCGGCCCCUGAGCCCAUCGUCAUCGCCCCCGAGAACCCCAUCGAUGUGAUCGCCGUCGGUGCCCCCGAGGUUAACCCCGCUGAUCUGCUGGCGCCCGUGCCCGUCGUCGCCGCCGGCGAUGCCGACGGAGACCGCGUCUAAGCUGAAGAAUUUUAUGUAAAAAUAUAUUGAUUUACUUUUAUAC